GUGGUAGCUAGUGGAAACCCCAAGCGGUCCUCAGUCGCUAUUCAUUGACGUCGCGGUAUUAUGUACUGUACUUUCCUGCUUUCAUUUUUUCUUGUAGCUAGCCUGCUAGCUAGUUGACAACAAUGGGCGAUAGUGAGCAGGUAGAGUGGACGUUUAUGAAAUUAUACCUUAACGAUAUUGGAAACGCUCUUUCAGAAAAAUCUGGAACAUGGAUGUCGAAAAGAAAACCGGCUGCCUAUCAUGAAGAACAACAGACAGGGGUGACACCCACUCAAAGGUUUGAGAGGCAGCUGAGAACUCCCCAGAGAAACUCCAAGUGGCAAAGUCCCAGGACGCAUUCUAAACAACUGACAGAAGAAGAGAGGGGGUUUUCUCCUGUGUCUGGGUCUGGGGAGGAGAGCGACAAGGAGGCCUCCCCCCCAAAAAGGAGGACCACAAUAAGCAGCUCCAAAAAGAUAAGAACCAAGUCUCACACAAAGGAUUAUGAUGACUGUUCUGGGACAGAAUCUGGCGAGCAGCCAGAGAAGAGCACACAAAGCAACUCAAAAAAGGAAAAGACUAAUACUCACUGUAAGGAGGAGGAUAAUGACAACUUGUCAGACAAAUCAACUGUGGUGGCUUCCCCCAGAAAAAGGAGCAGGCAAUGUAGUGACUUCAAUGUAUUUGAAGCAGAGGCUGAACCAUGUAAUACUGUGUCUGAGCCUGAGGUGGAGGUAGUUGUGGAGGGGGAGACUGGAGUGGCGUCUGUUUCUAAGAGGUGGAAACAGUACAACCCCCCCAAAAUAACUAAGCCUCAUGCCGAGGACAAAGCUGAGAGUGAACAUUAUGAGUUGGUAGAACAGGCUGAAGAGACUCCCAUUAGAAAAAAACUUAGCAAGUCUAAAAAGGUAAGAACGAGGACUCCCUCUGAAGACGUGGGGGAAGAUGAAAGUGACCACUUUGAGACGAAAGGACAUGCUGCAGCUGAAGACACUACCCUCAGAAAAAAACAGAGGUCGAUGAAAUCUAGAAAGAAGAGAUCCAAGAGUCCUUCGAAGAAGGCCAGAGAUGCAGAGAGUGAUGAUGAAUCAGGCAAACAUGUUUCCAAGACUCUGCCUAAGGACUUACAUGAAGAAGAGAGUGACCAAGAUGCUGAGACUCAGUCUAAGAACCUCAGUGAGGAGAGUGACCAGGACUCCCAGACGGAGCAUAAAGGCUUAGGUGAAGAGGAGUGGCACCGUUCUGACCAUCCAGAGGAGGAGACAGAACAGGAGGUGUUACCUGCAAAGAGAGAAAGAGGACCCAAGAGCACGAAGACUGUGAAGUCAGAUUCCAACUCUGACUCUGAAAAUGUCACUGUUAAAAACAAAGGCAAAAAGCAAGGUGCCAGGGGUUUGAAGGCACCAAGAGUAAGAUUUAGACCACCUAUAGAGAAAAAGAAAAUGGUGAAAAUACUUCAUAUUUGCAGUUUCUGUGAAAAGGUCCUGCCAAACAGGGAUGCUCUGAGUAGGCACCUUCAGCGUCACACAGGGGAGAAGCCUUACCACUGUGAAGAGUGUGGCAAAGACUACGGCAGCAAAAACACCCUGAAGAUUCACAAUAUGCAGGUUCACCACAAGGGGACAAAGGACUUCAUAUGCAAUGAUUGUGGUCAACAGUUUACCCACUUCACGUACCUCAAACGCCACCUGUACUCCCACACGGACAAGGAAAAGAGGCCACACCUGUGCAACGUGUGUGGGAAGCAUUUCAUCCAGAAGUCUCACUUGGACCGUCACAAGAUGAUUCACACCGGAGAGAAACCAUUCAACUGCGAACACUGCGCCAUGGCCUUCAAUCGUCCGGAUUCCCUGCGGAUGCAUCUGAAGCUACACGUGUCGGGUAGUGAGGGGCCAAAUCUGGCAGAGCAAGAGAAGACGAAGUGCACAGCGUGUAAGAAGAGCUUUGUCAACCCAAAUUACCUCAAAGUCCACAUGAGAAUACACACUGGGGAGAGGCCAUACAAGUGUGAGGACUGUGCCAAGAGCUUCACCCAGAUCAGUAUUCUCAACGCGCACCGACGCACGCACACUGGAGAGAAGCCACACGAGUGCAAGGCGUGCGGCAGCUGCUUCACCCGUCGCAAGUACCUGGAUGAUCACAUAGGCAGAAAGCAUGGGUCUUUUGAGCAAAUGAAUGAACAGGAGGAUGAACAAUGAUAACUGAGUUUUUAGGUGUUGUGAUUUAAUGUGUGUAACACAUAAUAUAAAUAUUGAAGAUCAGGCAAGGCUGGACUGUUGCAUAGUAGUUUCUCUUGUGAUGUUGCAGGAUGUUUUUUCCUGUCAUGCCAUGAUAAAAAUACUGUUUUGGCUUUAUAGUGGUGCCCAUUCUGAAAAUGGAUCAUUCCUUUGAAUCUAAACUAAACUUUGAUGGUCCACACAAUUUACUGUAAUGCUUUCAACUUUGAUGGUACACAGAAUUUACUGUAAUGCUUUAUUGGUUUGCAAAAGUAUGUGGACGACUGCUCGUCAAAAUAUCUCAUUCCAAAAUCCUUGGCAUUAAUAUGGAGUUGGUCCCCCCUUUGCUGCUGUAACAGCCUCCACUCUUCUGGGAAGGCUUUCCACUAGAUGUUGGAGCGUUGCUGCAGAGACUUGCUUCCAUUCAGCCACAAGAGCGUUAGUGAGGUCGGGCGCUGGUGUUGGGCGGUUAGGCCUGGCUCACAGUCGUCGUUCCAAUUCAUCCCAAAGCUGUUUGAUGGAGUUGAGGUCAGGGCUUUGUUUAGGCCAGUCAAGUUCUUCCAUACCGAUCUCGACAAACUAUUUCUGUAUUGACCUCGCUUUGUGUACGGGGGUAUUGUCAUGCUGAAGCAGGAAAGGGCCUUCCUCAAACUGUAGCCACAAAGUUGGAAGCGCAGUUAUUGACAGACAAUUUUUACACGCUAGGCGCUUCAGCACUCGGCGGUCCCGUUCUGUGAGUUUGUGUGGCCUACCACUUCGCGGCUGAGCCGUUGUUGCUUCCAGACGUUUCAACUUCACAAUAACAGCACUUACAGUUGACCGUGGCAGUUCUAGCAGGGUGGAAAUUUGACAAACUGACUUGUUGGAAAGGUGGAAUCCUAUGAAAGUCACUGAGCUCUUCAGUACUGGCCAUUCUACUGCCAAUGUUUGUCUCUGGAGAUUACAUGGCUGUGUGCUCGAUUUGAUACACCUGUCAGCAACGGGUGUGGCUAAAAUGGCCGAAUCCACUCAUUUGAAGGGGUGUCCACAUAAUAACAUGACAUACACUAUCAACAAUGUACAGUAAGAUCUAUUAGGUUACAAUUGGGGGGGGGGGGGGGGGGGGUGUCAGUGUGGUUUAUUUGCGUCAUACAUUGACAAAUUAACAAUCAAACUGGAGAAUAGAUUCCAACAAAGUAACAUGACUUUAUUCAUAUUUUCAUUGACAAGUAACUGGGCUGAUACUCAACCAGAUUUUUGUGGUAUUUUUAAACCAUUAAGCUUUAUGCUUACACACUAUCAUUUAUUUGUUAUCCAUGUUGAAUCAAUCGUUUUUUAUACUUAUCAUAAUUUCGAAUUGAUUGCUUGGUGGUUUUUCUUCUUUUGGACUGAAAAAUACAUCUUCAGGCAUAAACCAACUGAAUUGUUUGAAACUAAGUGUAUCUGAUAUUUUCUCCUUGCCAUUACUGAUAUUUAUUAUUUUUUAAUUUCACCUUUAUUUAACCAGGUAGGCCAGUUGAGAACAAGUUCCAAUUUACAACUGCGACCUGGCCAAGAUAAAGCAAAGCAGUGCGACACAAACAACAACACAGAGUUACACAUGGAAUAAACAAACGUACAGUCAAUAACACAAUAGAAAAAAAUCUAUACAGUGUGUGCAAAUGAGGUAAGAUUAGGGAGGUAAGACAAUAAAUAGGCCGUAGUGGCGAAGUAAUUACAAUUUAUCUAUUAAACACUGGAGUGAUAGAUGUGCAGGCUGAAAUGAAUUGGACAUAAGAAAUAACAUCUUCAUACUUUUCUUUCUUUCAACAGUAACUCUGGGAGGUAAAACAUUGGAGAGUGGUAAUUGAGUCAUUCAUAAUGUCAAGAUGAAAAAAAGUUGAAUCUAAUGUCUGCAUGUAGAUAUUACACAGUCAUUGUACCUGCCUAAUAUGCAUAAUAUUGCGUGAAAUAAUCCCUUAACAAUGAAUAGAGUACAUUCCCAAUACAAAUAAGGCUUGUAUAUGUUGACUUCCAUGUAUAAGGCAUGUCCUUUUACUCCGUUAUACUGUAUUUACCAGACACCGUUUAUCUAGUGGGGUGCUGAUCGUGCUGUGCAAUACUGUUUGCUGGAAAAAAAUCAGCCGUGAUUACCACAUCCUGUUCUACGAUACAUAAACCCUAUAAAGGUUCUCGCUGUUAUGUUAUUUGUUGGUUCGACACUUAAUACACUUAAUACUUCCCAUACUAUCUGUCAUGUUGACAGGUUUUGUUAAUAAGAGGGUCCUGUGGAAAUAAAUAGCGUAAUUUGGAAACAGGCUGCAUUCUCUGUUAAUGCCAGUAGGUGGCAGACGUGUACCGUUUCUACUCUGUCAAGAGGUUGAUUUAAGAGCAGCUCAAACUCUUUAAAACAUUGCUCUCUUCCUGACAAUACUUAGCCUACUGGUCAGCUGCUAGAUAAGCAAAAACCACUUGGGCUAGCUAACGUCAGCUACAGUGCCUUCAGAAAGUAUUCAUGCCCCUUAUUCAAAGUGUUAUUGUGUUACAGCCUGAAUACAAAAUGUAUUAAAUCGAUUUUUUUUCUCACCCAUCUACACACAAUAGCCCAUAAUGGCAUUUUUGCAAAUAUAUGGAAAAUGAAAUACAUAAAUAGCUAAUUUACAUAAGUACUCACACCCCUGAGUCAAUACAUGUUAGAUUCACCUCAUAGGCAGAGAUUACAGCUGUGAGUCUUUCUGGGUAAGUCUCUAAGAGCUUUGCACACCUGGAUUGUAAAAUGUUUGUACAUCAUUCUUUAAAAAAUUCUUCAAGCUCUAUCGAGUUGGUUGUUUAUCAUUGCCAGACAGCCAUUUUCAAGUGCCGCCAUAGAUUUUCAAGCCAAUUUAAGUCAAAACUGUUAACUACACCACUCAGGAACAUUCAAUGUCAUAUUGGUAAGCAAAUCCAGUGUAUAUUUGGCCUUGUGUUUUAGGUUAUUGUCCUGCUGAAAGGUGAAUUCAGCUCCCACUGUCUGUUGGAAAGCAGAUUGAACAAGGUUUUCCUCUUGAACAAGGUUUCCCUCUAGGAUUUUGACUGUGCUUAGCUCUAUUCUGUUUAUUUUUGUCUUUUUUACUGGUAGACCAACUGUAAUUUUGCAGAUAGAUUGUGGCUUCUAUCAAUGUAAUUGUCCGUAUCAUGCCCAAUCACCCAUAUAUUUUUGCUAAAUAUAUAUUUUAUUUUCCUUUAUUAUUUUCCCAUAACCCUAACAUCUCUCCCCUAAAUGGAGUAAACUAAUGGACAACAAUACAGUUUAUACAUACUAAAUACAUUUUAAGGACAAGGUACCUUUUACAUUACCGUAAAUUAUAUUUUCUUUUUUGUCCCACUUCAGCUCCCCUCAACUCCUCCCAUCUAGCUGUGAAAACCGUCCAGUUUUGACUUCUACUUCCAUAUAUUUUUUAACUGUGCUGUGAUGUUUCACAAAAGUUCUGAACUUUUCUAUUCCCAUAAUUUCUACAAAUGGUAGAUUAAGAGUAUUGUUAUAUUAUUGAUCAAAUUACUUUGGCUUUUCAAGUCACCCAGCAGUGCUAUUUGCAGAGUUUGCGUUAGGUAAAUGUGAUUUUUCAGCUAUUCAGCUAACCUGCGACCAAAAACAAGCUACGUAUGGGCAGUACCAAAACAAGUGAUCUAAUGAUUCUGUCUCUUCGCAGCAAAAUCUGCAGAGCUGGGAUGGUUGUAUCCCUCAUAUAGAUAACAUUCUAUUGGUUGCAAGGAUUUUGUAUAGUCAUUUAAAUAGAAAAUGUCAAAGUUUUGAAUCCGGCGUUGUUUUGUAUAUCAGUUGUGCAAUGGAAUCGGCACAUCGAAAUAUCCUCCCAAUUACUUUGCAACCUGUAUGGCUCAGCUGUCAAUUUGCUGGUCCUAAAAUGGAACUGGUAUACUUUUUUUAUUAAUCUUUUUUUUUAAAUCAAAUUUUGGUCUUUAAUGCAGGGCCGACAGACACGUUCCUUUUAGCUUCUCCCACUUCCACUUACCUCCUCCAGUUUUUGCGGUAAUGCUGCAAUCAGUUUUAGAUAUAGUUUUGUUAGCUGCAUGUGUGCAGUGGUGGGAAAAGUACCCAAUUGUCAUACUUGAGUAAAAGUAAAGAUACAUAAAUAGAAAAGUCACCCAGUGAAAUAGUACUUGAGUAAAAGUCUAAAAGUUUUUGGUUUUAAAUAUGUAAUUGCUAAAACAUACUUAAGUAUGAAAAGUAAAACUAUAAAUCAUUUCACAUUCCUUAUAUAAAGCAAACCAGAUGGCACAAUUUUCUUGUUGUUUUUUAGUGAUAGUCAGGGGCACACUCCAACACUUGGACAUAAUUUACAAACAAAUAAUUUGUGUUUAGUGAGUCCGCCAGAUCAGAGGCAGUAGGGAUGGAAAGUAUUCAGUCCCCUUGACUUAUGUAAAUUAAGUAUUUAUGUUACAAAAAAAAUUAUACAUUUGCAAAAAUAUUUAAACAAAAAAUGUUUUUGCUUUGGAAUUAUGGGGUAAUGUGUGUAGAUUGAGGAUUGUAUUUUAGAAUAUGGCUGUAAUGUAACACAAUGUGGAAAAAGGGAAGGGGUCUGAAUACUUUCCGAAUGCACUGUAUAUGCAGAAUUCAAUAUAAUUCCAAUGCAAGAACCUUCCCAAAAUGUUGUCUCCUCGCCGAUUUCAACUGCCCCUUAGUCACUUUAUGCUGGCACCGGGUCUGUAUUGCCCCCUAGAUAGCUUGUUUUUGGUUACAAGAAUGGUUGAAAAAUCCCAACAUUAAUUUUAAAUUAACCCUACAAAUAGCACUAUUGGGAGAUUUGGAAAUACAUAGUCAAUCAAUCAACAAUAUAAUACUCUUCGCAAAAAUAUUUUCUGAUGCUGUCUGGUCAAAAAUAGUAUGACAUUGUUGCAGCCCAUAGCAUUCAAUACAAGGGAAGCCAGUGAGCAUUUGGCCUCCCUUGAUAUUUUUUAAAUAAUAAUAAUAAUAAUAGCUAAUCAGCAUUGAGCUAAGCUAGUGAGGUCAGCUGUGAAUGGUCCUGGGGCACCAAAAAAAAAAACUGUCAAGGGAAGCCAGUUUGGAUUUGGCUUUAGACCAAUGACUUCACAUCAGAAUCUAAAUGUCAUUGACAGAAAAGUGUUGCAUCUCGUUAUGUUGUUGUCCUCCAGUGGCCAGCUAGCUGAAAUCAUCCCUUUCCUAAAUUAGCCAUGGAUUGAGAGGGAUUUGGACUUGUGGUUUUACCUAAUUCUCCGUACUGGCCAAUGAUUAUAACAGCGAUUCUAAUCCAACCAUAAAUUCAUACAUUGUGCCCCUGGCCUGAGAGGAUGGAAAUUCAACAUGUAGCUAGAUGUUGUAUGUUAAUGUUAACUAGCUGGCCUGGCUCAUCAUUGACCAUGAAAGGAAGUUUGGCCACCUAGCAAGCAUUUUAGCCAGGUAGCCAAUGACAACAAAAACUACAAGCGUGGAUUGUAUACCAGUCAUAGACUAUUUAGACAACAUGAAAGAGGAGAAUUCCAUUAACGUUUCUCUACAAGCAUGGUGAGUCAACAUGUUUUUUCUACUUGCACACACACACACACACACACACACAGAAAUCUGUACAAUGGACAGCCACAUCAUAUUUAGCUUACAUUGAUUGGACUAAAUCGUUUUUGGUAUCUUUUAGUUGUCACUAUUAGACUAAGCAUAGGUGAUUAGAUGAUGUUGAAGUUGAAAUGGUGCUGGAAUAGUGGAGGCAGUUCCUGUUUUCUUUGUGACUUGCGGUAACUCCGUGGUUCUAAAUCAAUAGUUGUUUAGUAGUAAGAAAAUGUCGGAAAGAUUAACUUGUUUGACCAUGCUGCAGGUCAUGUAACUGCUUGUGACAUGCAAUAAAUUUUGUGGACUUCACCAGACAGA